AACAGCAGAUUCGAUGCAUCCAAAAGGGUGGUGUUGAUCAUUCAUGGUUUUCAAGGAAGUUUCAUAAAUCCCUGGGCUUUGUCUCUGGCAAAUGGAAUAUUAGCGGACGAUGUGAAUGUUAUUUGUGUCAACUGGCACGAAGGAGCUAAAACUAAUAGUUACAAACAAGCAACAGCUAAUACCAGAUUGGUUGGUAAAAUGAUAGCUGUUAUGUUGACCACCAUCCAUGAUACAAUGGGAACAUCCUAUUAUGAUAUGCAUAUUAUUGGUCAUAGCUUGGGAUCCCAUAUAGCUGGUUAUGUUGGUAGAUUCCUCCCUGGUUUUCUAGGUAGAAUCACAGGAUUGGAUCCUGCUGGUCCCAAUUUUGCAAAAUAUGAUACUUUGGUACGUCUUGAUCCAUCUGAUGCCAUGUUUAUUGAUGUAAUACAUUCUGAUGAUGAUACUAUCUUUGAAUUAGGAUGGGGUACCGGGGUGCCGAUGGGUGAUUUAGAUUUUUAUCCUAAUGGUGGAGAAAAUCAACCUGGUUGCAGCAAACAGCAAGUUGCAUGUUGUCACAUGAGAGCUAUUAAUCUAUACAUCAGUUCAAUACGUAAUACAUUUAUUGGUCGUAAAUGUAAGAGUUAUGAUGAUUUUAAUGAAGGACUUUGUGAACCGGAUACAGCUAUCAUGGGUUAUUGGGCUACAUCAGCGCCCAAAUGGGGUAAAUACUAUUUAAAAACCACAGGAGUCGAGCCUUAUGUUAUUUGA